UGAUCGUUGUGGUCUGGUCCACUCGUGUAACUGCCAUUGAGGCAAAAUUGAACGAAAACUCUGGUGCAACGUCCCAGUAUUCCGGCGAAUUCGACGAUGAUCAACUAUCAAUUCACCCGUCAGACUCGCCGAAGGAAUUCGACAAUAUAAAUAUUGUUGUCAACAAUCCCGCCUUUGAGGCUCCUUUAGCUGGCUCUUUGCCACCUUUAGACGGCGUUGAGCCGACAAAUAUAAACGAAAUCACUAACCCGAACGUUGUCGUUUCUGAGGAAGGAACUUAA